UCUCUUUGGUGAUUCAAAGGUAAGAUCUCUUUAGCUCUUCUUCACUUUCUUUAGUUGCUUAGAUUUUUUCUUCCCGGACAUGUGUGCACCUUCAUAAUAAUGCCAAAAUUCCAAGCAAACUGCGCAAUUAUAAUUAAACAAAUUUUAUAUUUGGGAGCUAAUAGCAACGAGCUAUGGAUUGUCACUUUUCUUGAUUCAAUAUUUCACUCUCCACCAGUUUACAAGAUUAAAGCUCAGGUGAAUUGUCCGCUUCAACUUCCAUCAUAUCCACCGUAUUCUGAAACCCCCGCACUAAGCUGGCUAUCAUUGUUGGAAUUGAAAAGCUUGAGAAUCUUGGUCUGCAUCUCUCAGCAACGGUGUAAUAGAAAAUCACCUUCACCGUCUAAAUCCAUCAAGGCUCGCACCCCAUGCUUCGAUAGCUCCCAUAACAAACAAGAUAUCUUAGGAAGAGCCCAAAAUAAAUGAGGAUAACAAGGGGAAAGCAACACAACAUGAUGUGAUUCAAUAUUCACAAGACAACACAACUUUAACCAAGGUGAAAGCUACUUAUAGUU